GGCUGUCUAUCUGGUUAGUAUUCAUUUGUCUUGUUCUUCUCAAAAUCUCUCAACCCUUUUUACACGCUCUGACCAUUUCCCAUGAUUCUAGCAUUCGCUUGUUUGACUUUUCAUUACUCUUUCAUCUCACAAUUUUAGGUCUUUUAUCUUCCAUUUUUCUUCAUAAAAUGCUUCUACUUCUUUACUUCUUCAUGUGAUUAUUUGCUAAUUGAUCUUGCAAAUUGUAGUUCAGCUGUUUUUGAUUAAGAUUACGAUCUAAUUUUGACUAUUUUGUAAGUGGGUUUGACUUUAUUCUUGUUGGUUGUUAAUAAAGUUUAGAUCUUGAUUCAUUCAGCAGAAAAUUCAAGUGAAAGAUCGGAUCUUUAUGCUAAAAGCCGAAAAGGGUUUCUUCAAAGAUCUUGUUUCAUUGAGAAGUAAUUGAAAGCUCAAUGGGGAAUACUUGUGUCGGACCGAAUAUUACGAAAAAUGGAUUCAUUCAAUCGGUUUCUGCCGCAAUGUGGCGAACACCAACCGAUGAAACGCCACCUACCCCUAACGGAGAACAAUCUUCGACUCAUAGCAAACAACCCGAAUCACCGUUACCCGUUCAAAACAAACCACCCGAACAAAUAACCAUUCCUAAACCCGAAAAGAAUGAAAAGAAACAAGAAGAACAACAGCCCGUGAAACCCGAAAAGAAACAAGAACAACCUGCGAAACACAAAAAAGGUCCGCAUAUGAAACGGGUAUCAAGCGCUGGGCUUCGGGUCGAAUCCGUUUUACAAAGAAAUACCGGGAGUUUGAAGGAGUUUUUCACUUUGGGGAAAAAGUUAGGCCAAGGACAAUUCGGUACAACUUUUCUUUGUAUAGAAAAGUCAACGGGUCAACAUUACGCUUGCAAAUCGAUUGCGAAACGGAAACUGUUGACAGACGAAGAUGUAGAAGACGUGAGACGGGAGAUUCAAAUAAUGCAUCAUUUGGUGGGGCACCCGAAUGUUAUAUCAAUAAAAGGGGCUUACGAAGAUGCGGUUGCGGUUCAUGUUGUUAUGGAAUUAUGUGCAGGCGGAGAGCUUUUCGAUAGGAUUAUUCAAGUUGGACAUUAUACUGAAAAAAAGGCGUCUGAGCUUACACGAACGAUUGUUGGUGUUGUGGAAACUUGUCAUUCGUUAGGAGUUAUGCAUCGGGAUUUAAAGCCUGAGAAUUUCUUGCUUGUGGAUAAGAAAGAAGAUGCGCUUUUGAAAACUAUUGAUUUUGGAUUAUCGGUUUUCUUUAAGCCAGGUGAAAUAUUUACUGAUGUGGUUGGCAGCCCGUAUUACGUUGCACCAGAAGUCUUGAAAAAACGUUACGGUCCUGAAGCCGAUGUUUGGAGUGCUGGGGUUAUUGUUUACAUUCUAUUAAGUGGAGUACCUCCGUUUUGGGCUGAAACGGAGCAAGGAAUAUUUGAGCAAGUCCUACAAGGUGAUCUUGAUUUCUCAUCCGAUCCAUGGCCAAGUAUUUCCGAAGGAGCAAAAGAUCUUGUGAGAAGAAUGCUUGUGCGGGACCCGAAGAAAAGAUUAACCGCUCAUGAAGUUUUAUGCCAUCCGUGGGUUCAAGUUGACGGCGUGGCCCCCGACAAGCCUCUUGAUUCUGCGGUUUUAAGUCGAAUGAAGCAAUUUUCGGCCAUGAACAAGCUAAAGAAAAUGGCUCUUAGAGUUAUAGCAGAGAGCUUAUCUGAAGAAGAAAUAGCUGGGCUAAAGCAGAUGUUUCAAAUGAUUGAUACAGACAACAGUGGUCAGAUUACUUUUGAAGAACUUAAGACCGGAUUAAAAAGAGUUGGUGCUAACCUUAAGGAAUCAGAAAUUUAUGAUCUCAUGCAAGCAGCAGAUGUUGACAACAGUGGAACAAUUGAUUACGGUGAAUUUGUCGCUGCAACGUUGCAUCUGAAUAAAAUUGAAAAACAAGAUCAUUUAUUUGCUGCAUUUUCGUACUUUGAUAAAGACGGAAGCGGUUAUAUAACUGCUGAUGAACUUCAACAAGCAUGUGAUGAAUUUGGCGUAGAUGCUCGCUUUGAAGAAUUAAUUCAAGACGUUGACCAAGAUAAUGAUGGACGCAUAGAUUACAAUGAGUUUGUGGCCAUGAUGCAAGGAAAUACUGGUUCAGCACCAAAAAAAGCACCAAAAAAGAGCCUAGACAAUAGUUUCAGUAUCAAGUUCAGAGAAGCAUUCAAACUUUGAACAUAUAUCAAGUUUUUAUCUUUUUUAUAUUUUCUUUUCUUUUCAUGUAAUAGAACUAUACUUUUUAUUGAAUUUGUGUUUCAAGUUUUGAGUUUGAACUUGUUCUGCAAAUUGUAUUAAACUCUAUAUGUAUUAUGUUACAUGUUAAUGUUAAAGAGAGUGCUUUGAUCUGAUGAGAUCAAUUUAACAA